AUGGAAACUGAAAAUCAAAUCUUGGAUGAAGUUACCAGUUUUCUACCGUCAGAAGUUUGGGAGAAAAUCUUCCUGUAUCUUCCCACCGACCAACUAGGAAGUAUUCGACAAACAUGUCACUACUUCAAAAAUGUCGUCCGCCAUUGUCGCGCCCUGAGAGAUCGGAUCCAUCUGCACUUCCCAAAGCACCAGGUUCUGAAAAAAAGCUACAAUCCGCAUUCGGCACCACCGGCCUCAUCGGUGUUCUUCAUGCACACAACCAUCGAGGACACCGGAUCGUGGUGGUCCCCAAUCGGAGUCAUGAUCACCGAGCUGGUCCUGGUUGCUUGCGAAUUCCCGCUGGACUUGCUACGACUCACUCCGAGGUUGAAAACUCUGACGCUUCGAGAUGUAAAACUUUGCUGCGAUGGUCCUUUGGAGGUGAAUUUUGAGCUGAAAGAACUGGAGAAGUUGGCGGUAGAAGUUGGUCGUGAGGGGGAUCCUGCAGUGCUCGUGGUGCUUGGGCAGAUCGCUACCAGAUUAAAGGUACUGGACUGCAUAGGAAAGUACAAGAGAUCAAGCCAUCUGCACGGAUUGGUAAAGCUAGUAGCCGCGGCACAGGAUACGCUAGAUGAACUGGUUUUUCAUCCUGACUCCAGCAUCAUAUGUGCAUUACUGCAGUUUCAACGACUUAAACUUAAGCGGGUAACAUUCAAAGCAGAAUACUUUGGCCAGAAGAACUUUUUGGAUGAACCGGAGAUUGUUGAGUUCGUUCGGGCACAUCCCACUAUUGAGGAACUUAAAAUGGACAACAAGCCCGAUUGUAAUAAGGUAUUAUCACGAAUAGGCCACGUUCUGCCCCGUCUGAAGCGGUUCGACAUGCAAGUGCUUUUUGCGAACGAACAGAAUUUGAUGGCGUCGUUGACGAUGCUUCACCUGCAGUGUCUUACUCUGGCCAAUCUUCUGGGAAAGUGGCUUCAGUUCGACAGCAACUGCGUUGGCAACCUGCCCAGCUUGAAGGAGCUGCAUCUCACCGGAGUUCAGGUGCAAGGGUGA